AAAACGAGAUACAAUCUCCUGUGCAUCGCCAAGUUUAUUGUCUUCGGUCUCCUCGGUCUCUUUUGCCCUCACAGAGCCACUUCCGAGACCGCUUUGAGUCCUUGAGUCAUUGGCUCCUUUCCCUUCUGCCAAUCAUUUCCCAUCUCAACAUGGCCCCGAGCAAACCGUCAUAUCUUAUCGUCGGCGCAGGCGUGUUUGGCGUAUCUACCGCCUAUCAUCUCAUCCAGAAAUACCCUGAUGCAUCUGUGACCUUGGUCGACAGGGAUGCAUUCGACGCAGACAGUCGUGUGGCCGCUUCAUGGGAUUGGAAUAAAGUGGUCCGGGCUGACUACGACGACUUUGUCUAUUGCCAACUGGCUCUAGAGGCACAAGACGUCUUCAAAACCAACCCACUCUGGAAACCCUACUUCCAUCAGACCGGAGUCUACUGGACCUGUCGUAGUGACUAUGCGACGAACGUCAUCGCCCACCACCACAAACUCGGCCGCAAGGAUGACAUUAUCGCCUUGCCCGUUUCUGAGGCCCGCAAAUUGUAUAACGGGCUAUUUGACGACGCUGAUUAUUCCGGUGUCAAGGAGGUGCUCGUGAACAAGGCCAGCGGUUGGGCUGCUGCCGGAGACUGUUUACGAGCCAUCACUCGCAAAGCCUUGGACCUCGGUGUCAAGUACGUAACCGCUGAGACUGCAUGGUUGCAAACCGAUGGUCGCGGUUCUUGUACUGGGAUCAAGACGGCAACAGGAGACGUCUUGACCGCUUCGCAUGUUAUCCUUUGCACUGGAGCAUACACGCCGAAACUCUUGGAGCUGAGUGCUGCAAAGAUUGGCCUGCCCAAUCUCCGGGCUGGAGACAGGAUCUUGUCUGCUGGCAUCGCGACAGGAAUGGCACAGCUUGAUGAGAAGGAGUACGAGAAGUACGUUAACAUGCCUGUCGGUUUUCAAGGGUACACUGCGCAACAUGGCAAACCCUUCAUUGGCACUCUACCGCCUACGAAAGACAGAGAGCUAAAGUGGUGGGGAUCCAAGAUCUUCUCAAAUACUCAAGAAGUGCUGCCUGGCUGCAGUGUCUCUGCGCCACCAGCCGAAAAGGACUACGCUCAGUGGAAGGUACCUCGGCUCCUCAAGAACGACGUUGCUGAGUCAAGAAAUGAGUGGUACGGUAGAAAGAGUGCAGACUGGAAUAUGACCAAGCAUCGGAUCUGUUGGGAUGCCUUCACAACAAGCUCAGACUUCAUCAUCUCUCCACACACAACCUUGAAGGGGCUGUACGUUGCAACCUGUGGGUCAUUCCAUGGGUUCAAGUUCUUCCCGGUGCUUGGCAAGUAUGUGAUACAAAUGCUUGAGGUCAUGCCGCCUCCAGAGGAGGACCUCAUUUCCAUCAGUCCUCGAGGGAGACGACGAUCACAUCAUGCCUGCCUUACUUGUAGGAGGAAGAAGACUCGCUGUCCGGGCGAGAGGCCAAAGUGUUCAAGUUGUGUCCGGCUGAAACAGUCAUGUUCUUAUCCUGCGAUAAAAGAAUCACAGCGCAGGCGAUCGGACGAGAGACUGCAGCAAUUAGAGGAGAAGCUGGACAUCCUUCUCAGCGGAGGGAGCUUACCGAACCGUCCCGUGCGCCAAGGGCCGUCGUACGAUGAAGUUACUGACACUUCGGGGCGGUCAUACUCGGCCACUCCUCCGGCUCGAGAGCCGAGCUACCCUGCCAACAAUCCCUCCGCUGUCGUGUUCGACCCUGAAUCCGGAAAUCUACGGCUUGGCCGAUCCAAUAUGGCAACUGGUAUCAGCCUCUACUUCAAGUAUUGCCACAGGCAACCGAUCUGGUGCUUUGAGCGGGAAGAACUCGGCGACUACGGUUCUAUUCCAGAGGAACUUGCCUCCAGUAUCCUGGCCUUGACUUCGCGCUUCUCUGAGAAGCGUGAACGUGACCUCGUACAGCUCUACGGAAACAAUGCGAAGACAUUGAUCAUGCUCCGCAUUGCGAAUGGCACAGUGGACCUCACAACGAUCGAGAGCCUGUGUCUCCUUUCGUACUCGUCCUUCAUGGACGGAAACGUCCACCUCGGCCAGUUUCAUCUCGGUCUUUCUUUUCAGCUCUGUCGAUCCGCUAUGCUUGAUAUCGAAUCUGUAUAUGCCAUCGAUGAUGGAACUACAGAGCGGAAGAAGAGGCUCUUUUGGAGCCUCCAGCUGCUCGAGCAAUUUUAUGGCCGCCAAGAGGGACUUCUGAGUGUCCCAACCGACAUAUGGCGACCAGCUUAUUCUUUUGUCGGGGGACACCAGAUGGGCCUAUACUGCAAGACACCACCCUUGCCCAGGGACGAGCUUGGAACCUCAACAUCGAGCGAGCCGGGAAUUUGGAACACGAGUGUGCAUUUGGGCUGGGUCUGGAGCCAAGUAAGAAAGUAUGUCUCUGAUUGUGCUCAGAAUAUCUUGAAGGAACCCUGGCGGCACGACUCGACGUACGCGAAGGUCGUCUCUGAUUUCAUGGAGACCGAGAACAGGAUCCCCAUGUGCCACCGAUAUGACUCGGUCAAGUUCUACGAGCGCAAAGUGGAAGAUAUGAAGAUGAAACGAGACUACUGGGCACCAUGGCUGAAGGAGCAGUUCACAUACCAUGCGAUCCCGACCGUCUUGAACCACCCCUUCCUCUACAUUGUCGGAGCACAGCACAAUCCAAAUCUGGGAAUCCCGAACACCUUUUGGAGGAGGUCAUCCGAGCAAGCCUUACUCCACGCCACAUGGAUUGUUCGGAUGAUAGACAUGGUCGUGGACAAGCAAAUGCCGCUCGUGGAUCCGUUCUUUGGACACGUUGCCGCGAUUGCAGCUACGGUGCACCUCUACUAUUGCUGUGCUGCCGCUCCUAAGUUGAAGCACAAGUCCAAUACCGACUUUGCUAAAUGCAGGACGUUCUUGAAGAGUUUCAUACCCUGUUCCGCCGCCUGUGGCGCACUCGACCACAACCUAGACCAGAUGACACGCAUUGCCGCCGGCUCCGAGAGCAUGGAUGUCGAAGACUGGAUGCCAUCCAAAAUCUAUCUCAGCGUUCCCUUGAUGUGGGAGAUUCUACAGUUCAACUCCACGACUCACUCGCAGGAAAUCCCCACCUCCGGUCUACUAGAUGCCUCUCUCGCCCCCGUCUUCGCUCCCGACGAUGCGGGCGACAGCUUGACGCUCGAAAUCAUCGUCGCCACAUCUCCGGAAAUCACGAUUAACACAGCCGAUGGAGGUCAAGAAGCUCCUACACUAUCGUACAAGCCCCCCAUUUCCUCGGGGGCUGGCUCUGGCUCUUCACGGGAAAGGCAGACCGUCGUCGACUCGCCGAGUGCUGAGCAGAUCGACAGUCUCACCUUCAAUACCACUCCGUGGUUGUACGCGGAUUCUUCGCAACUCGUCAAUAUCGGAGACCUGGGUUAUCCGCAGUCGGAGCCCGGGAGUGGGUGGUGGGAAGGCGAAAACUUUUAACAAUAUCAUGUUUUAAUCACUUUUAGCAAUGCAACCAGCCCUCUUAAUAUGGGCGCCCGUUUCUUGUACACAGAGUCAGUUUAGGUUAAUUGGUGGGGUCAUUUUGGGAAUAAUUGGGAGUAAUCUGGCAUCUUUUUGGGCGUUGAUGUUUGGCUUUGGCGUUGGCGUUGGGCCAUUGUGUAUAACAUUGCAGCGAGUGGAAAAGAAUGACACCUAAUCUUUAC